UCUAGAGUGUGGACAAGGUUCUGGGGUCCAGUUCUAGGCUGCUGUAUGGCUCAGCAUCCCAAGCCUGGAAGCUCCUCCCGUAGCACUCACUCUGGUCACUGAUCUUCAGUUUCAGCAUCUCCAUGGCAGCGCCUGUCCGGCCUGUGCAGGUCCUGGGCCCAGGGUACCUCACUCACCUGCACACAGCUUCCCCAUGUAGCCUGACCUCUUGGCUUUCAGACACGAGUGUCCCAAGAGACAGGCAGCCCCAGAAACUGCCCCAGUGGUGGCAGGAGCUACAGGCUAAGCAGUCUGGACAUGUAGCGGUGGCCCCCCAGAACCAGGGCCAAAGUUUAGAGCCUGCAUGUCUGGCCCUGUGCCAGGCUUAAAACUCCCACAGACGAGCAGAAGAGAGUGAAGAUGUGGUGAGGAUUUCCGGGGCGGACAGAUUGGGGGGCAGUUAGUUAGUGAGGAAGUUCUGCCUGGGGAGAUAAAGGGGUUUGGACUUGAGCAGGGGUGAACGAUCUGUGAGAGGAGAAGGAGGCAAGGUGCCCCGGGGGGUAGUGCGGUAGGAAUGGGACAGAGGGAGGCCAAGACCCAGAGGUGGACCCUGGGUUACCGGGGGUCAGUCAGACCUUCAGCUCAGGGCCUUUGCUGGUGGAGACCUCAGUUUGUAUUCUCUCAGCCCUUAGGCCUGGAAGUGCUCUUCCUGGCCCAUGGCGUGUGCAGGGGGUACCCUCAGCACCUCUAGACUCUACUGUGGCUUCCCAGCCGGACCCCUCCCCCUCUAGGCCAAGGGUGGGGCUGGGCAGAGCCUGUUCAGACUUGUUAAGCAGGAGCAGCCUUUGGGGGAAAGCAGGGCCCCAGUUCCUCUGUGAGCUCGGCCUCAGACUGUGGCCUCGAGCCCCUGGACCCUGGCACGGAGCUGACUACAAGUGUGGCUUUCAUCUUGCAGUCCCACGGAGUCCUUGACCUUGCAGGAUAGAGCCCACCCCACCCCCCACGUGGGCCUGGGUGAGUAUGCCUGGAGCUGUGGUCUCGGGCCGUUCUCGGCCAAGGCAAAGCAGCCCACGGCUCGUGUACAGAGGGUGGUGCUGACCUCUGCGUGGGUGCUUACCAGGGCCAGGCCUACGUGGGCUCUGUUCCUGCCCAGCCUGGCUAGCGUGGGCCGGACUAUUGGACACUGUCAAGGUCGCCGCUGAGGGAUAGCGAGCCUCCCUGGCAGGCUGGCAGAGGGAGGUCCCGGCCGCUACACGGUGCACCCUAAGGAGAACCUGACCAGUGGAAUGAACAGAAGACGCUGGCAGCCUCCUCCCGAAUGAGGCUCUGAGCAGGUCUGGCAUUGUUUUGCCCUGGCCCUCAGCCAAGGGGCUGUCAGGGACCCAGCCGUGGUGCUUCCUGGAAAGCGUCCGUCUGUGUGGACCUCUGCCGAAGAGAGCCCUGGUGGGCAGGGAGGAGAGGCGUCAGGCUCGACAAGGGGGCCCAGCCAUGGUCGUCACUCAGCUCAGCCUCGAGUUCCGUUUUCAGGGCAAGAAGCUUCGAGGCUUCAGCUGUGAGCUCACCCGCUCCCCUCAUGGAGUCCUCCCCGAGUCCGUCCUCACCACCACAUGCCAGGUCGCCAUACCCAUACUGUUGUCGGGCCUGGGCAUGAUGACAGCUGGCUUGGUGAUGAACACUGUCCAACACUGGUCAGUGUUCCAGGAGGUUAAAGACCUGCUGACGUUGGUGCCGCCCCUGGUGGGCCUGAAGGGAAACCUGGAGAUGACACUGGCGUCUCGACUCUCCACGUCUGCCAACACCGGGCAAAUCGAUGACCGCCAGGAGAGGUACAGAAUCAUCAGCAGCAACCUCGCUGUGGUUCAGGUGCAGGCCACCAUCGUGGGGCUCCUGGCUGCGCUGGCCUCCCUGCUGCUGGGCGUGAUAUCCCGAGAGGAGUUGGAUUGGACCAAGGUGGCAGUGCUGUGCACGAGCAGCGUCAUCACUGCCUUCCUCGCGGCCUUGGCCCUAGGAAUUCUAAUGAUCUGCAUAGUGAUUGGUGCUCGGAAGUUCGGGGUCAAUCCUGAUAACAUCGCCACGCCCAUUGCAGCCAGCCUGGGAGACCUCAUCACGCUGUCCAUCCUGGCCCUGAUAAGCAGCUUCUUCUACAGGCACAGAGAAACGUGGUAUCUGACGCCACUGGUCUGUGUCGGCUUCAUGGCUCUCACCCCUCUGUGGAUCUUCAUUGCCAAGCAGAACCCGCCCAUCAUGAAGAUCCUGAAGUAUGGGUGGUUCCCCAUCAUCCUGGCUAUGGUCAUCAGCAGUUUCGGAGGCCUCAUCUUAAGCAGAACCAUUUCUAAACAUCAGUUUAAAGGCAUGGCUGUCCUGACUCCCGUCAUAUGUGGUGUUGGUGGCAACCUGGUGGCCAUUCAGACCAGCCGCAUCUCCACCUUCCUGCACAUGUGGAGCACACCUGGGGUCCUCCCCGUCCAGAUGAAAAGGUUCUGGCCUAACCCAUGCCUCAUUUUCUGCUCCUCAGAAGUCAACUCUGUGUCAGCUCGAGUCCUGCUCUUUCUGGUGAUCCCAGGACAUCUGAUCUUCUUCUACCUCAUCUGCCUGGUGGAGGGCCAGGCAGUGACAAGCAGCAAGGUCUUCGUGUUGCUAUACCUGGUGGCAGCCAUGAUCCAGGUGGUGGUCCUGCUGUACCUGGCAGAAGUGAUGGUCCGGCUGACCUGGCACCAGGCUCUGGAUCCCGACAACCACUGUAUCCCCUACCUCACGGGCCUGGGGGACCUGCUGGGCACUAGCCUUCUGGCACUGUGCUUCCUCUUGGACUGGCUGCUGACAGGCAGAGCUGACCUUGCGGAGCUGGUUUCAGAGCUGGUUUCUGUGCCUCCCUGACUGAGGCUGCCACCUGCAGGUCUCCAUGGGGCUCUCCCUCAUGUCCACAGCAUCCCGCAGGCUGUUCCUCCUGCCGGGGCCUCAAGCUGCUAGAUAUCUGCCUGGGCGGUGGUCUCAUCAGUCUGCCAAGGAGACGAGCACACACCUUGAUUCUGAAGUUGGUAGCUGAGCCCGAGGUGCAGCCCUGACAUCAGGAGCUCUGCUUGCAAGUGUGAGUGAGCAUGUGUGCCUGGCACGCGAGCAUGUGUGCCUGGCACGCGCACAUAGGGCAGGCCAUUCUAACCUGAAGAUGCUGAGGAAGCAGCCUGUCGCUGCAACCGUAAUUGAGCGGAGAAGGAUGGCACUCGUCUGCGUCCCCAGGUCUCGGACUACCCAUGCCUUGACUUUGCUGCCAUCACUGGGCUCAGCCUCCUGGACCCACACUACUAGUGCCCUGGGCCCAGUGACCAUGCACUUUCACCCCAGGCAGGCCCUGAGUACCCUCAUCUACCCCAGCAUUUAACCUUGUGGCUGCUUUCUUUUUAUCUCCCCCUUUCUCUGUUUUAUAGCAGAACCCUCUGUUUAGGUUCUGGUGAUCAAGAGACAUAUAUAUAUAUAUAAUAAAGCAUAGCUGACAUUGUA